UCUUCAUUGAAGACAACUCUCUGAUAUCUUGUGCUUUUUCAGUGAUUUUAAUAUUUUUAAAGUAGAUACUAUUAAGACCAAAAUGACUUGGUGGAUAACUGGUUUACUCAUUGCUUCUAUUGUUUCUAUUGAAGCCCGCGAAUUAGUUCGACCUGGAGCAAGAUUAAUAAAAAACCAUCAACAUGGUCGUUUAUUACUAAUGAGGGACAGAAGGAACCCUAUUGCAUCAUACAAUCCAUCACGAGCGAUGAUGCUGACCGGUUUCUACCGGCCGAUACGAUACUCAACUGGUAGUCAGGCGACUGGCGUAUUUGCACAGGGUAAUGCGGUCAGCGGCGGAUAUCUUGCAGGAACCCACAGCCGAAAUUAUCUACCGCGUGCUCCAGAACCUGUUGCUCAACCUCAUGUUCUGAGUGCGGAGGCUGAGGCGGAGGCUGCGCCAGAACCAGAACAACAAGGUACACCGGUCUACGGUAAUCAAGAGGACGUCGGUUACCCUGCGAGCCAGAGUGACCAAGAGCUGGGAAGCGAGCCAGAAACUCAAUUGAAAGAUGAAGAUGAAAGAUUACCUGAAGCUCCAUUUCAAGAAGAAGAGCAGGAAGAUGAAAAAGUGUCGAAGCCAGUGUCGGUAAAUCCUCAAGGGAAUAAGACCAAGAAGACUACAGUUAACGUUGCAACUGAUGAAGAGGAAGAUGAAGAAGAUGAUGAUGAUGAUACUUUCAAGCCCUAUUUACCUUCUAAGUCAAACAAGGGCGUUCCUAAUUUAACUAAUUUCUUCCCGAUGAUGUUCAGUUUUCCCAGAUCUGCUGGAAAAAGCGGAAGUUCUUCUGGCUCGGGGAUGAUCACUGCUAUUGCUAAUAGUUAUUCCACUGGCAAGAGUGGAAUUGCUAGUUCUGUUGCGACUGCCUACGGCGGGUCUCCUAAUGGAAAGAAAAAACGCAACCAGAGUCAAGAAUAAGAAGAAAUCAAAGGUUCAAAUAUUCUGAAAUAUUUAUCAGAAGUAAUGUAUACGAUGUAUUUCUAAGUAUAAAGUUUAAUAAUGGUACAAUAAAGAAACUGGGAAAAUCCU